GACUACUUCUACCCAGGUGUCCGGUCGAUUGGCGAACUUGCUUUUUUCGGGGCCUGUCAGCCCUUUCUGCAAGACGACCUGGAGGACGAACACUUUGUGAACGGGGGGACAGCGGGCGACGGCGACCCCGGCGGCAUCGCCUUUUUGCGUCACUUGUACUGCGUCAUGGGAUCCCUUCCUCCGGCGCUGCAGCCGGAGGAUGCGCUGGGUCCCGUGCGGGUGGUCAAAAAGCGCGGCAAGGCGAAGAAAACCUGGCGGAUCUUGGACGAACAGAAGCGCGUGCUUUACGAUUCGGUGGAGGCCUAUCCCAGCUGAAAAUGACUGUCCCACUUUAGUGAUAAAUGAUAAUAAUCCUGUAUACAAAUAAGUAGAGAAGGAGAACGCAACACGUCUCAUCUAGUACCCUUGAGUUUUCUUCAUUAGAUAACGAACAGUUCUUGCUCACGGUGGCGAUGGUGAUUUUACAUGGGAUACGAUUAUCGGUGUCGUACCGGAGACGAAUCACACUGUAUUCCAGAGAAAUUCACACCCUCACCACAUUGAUUCAUGAAAUUCGUUGGUUGGUUUUUACGAAAGCCUUGCAGUUUCAGAAAGCCGUUCGGUACAUUGCUAUCGCGCAUUUCUUCCAGCCUUUUUUUUUGUGUAAAAUUUGGAGCUUUGACUUUGAUCGGUUUGGAGCUUCAGGUUAUCAGUUCUUAGUAGGAUUCAUCUGUGGACGUGCUCAACAAGUGGGUGCGAGUUUGUUUAUAUAUGUGGUGAGGAGUUUCUCUUGGAUGCGCCGAGAUUGUGGAGCACGCGGACGAGCGCGAUGCCUCUGGGGAUUCCGCAGACGGAGAGACCGAGAACACAGAUGCCAGC